UUAAAGCAGGAAAAAAUUUUAAAUUCAAAUAAGUUGCAGGUUUAAAAAAAAUACUCAAAGCAUAAGGAGACGCCCGACACAUCUGGCACUAGCCGUCCGUUCACGACAUCCGUUCACGAAAGUAAUUUCGAGCCAGCAAAAUCAGAGAGUGUUUGGGCGUCAAAUGUCGAUGGGAAGCGACACCACGUGGGUUGGGAAGAAGCCAUUGAGGCGCAUCGGAGGAAUGUCCGAUGCUCUCUCCAUUGCUGCCGAUCUUGGUUUCUCUGUUCCCCCUCCUCCUUCUCAGGAAGAUGUGCAAAACCUAUCCUCUACUACUGGAGAAAAGGGCGAUGACUUGAUAAAGGUAUUAAGAGAGCUAACCACUGUACAGAGAAAAAUAGCUGAUUUGCAAGUGGAAUUACAAGGCCGAAAGGAUGAUAAAAAUGUUGCACAUCUGACACAUGUAAGUGAAAUGGAAAAGAAGUGUGAGACACUGGCGAGGAUUACUACUAUAUUGAAAGAUGUUAUUCAGAAUAAGGAUCGAAUUAUAGCUCGUUUGCAACAACCAUAUUCCCUAGAUUGCAUUCCAGUGGAAGCGGAAUAUCAGAAACAAUUUUCUGAACUACUGAUGAAGGCUGCAAGUGAUUAUGGUGCAUUGACAGCAUCUGUUACCGACUUCCAAUGGAGUCAGAACUUCAAGGAGUCUCCUUCAGUUUGGGGGGAGAUGCUCCGUCCAAUUCCUGUUGCUUUAGCAUCAUGCACCCGAUUCUUUGAAGCCAUGUCUGCAAUGAGAGAAUCGUUUUCAACACUCCAAAAUCUGAGAGUUGGGCAUUCUGCUUCCUCUUUGCCAACAACACCAGCCAAGGAUUCCUCCCCCUCCCAAAGAGCACCAGGAGACUCGGAGUGCAUGACUCCACCCCCUUGGAAAAAUGAAUCAAGUUUUGAUGACUUGGCCGUCAAAAGCCUUAGAAGCGAAGAAGCUGAGCCUCAAGAAGCAGAGGAGGUGGGGGAUUUUCAUCAGGUUGAUGGUACAAGCCACCGGAGAUUAUCUUGGCCUCCAUCAGUUAAAAAGAAUGGUCUUUAAUUCUGUCAAAUCCCUUCAGCAUUUAGUUCAUGGUAGUAUGUUAGCUUGAAAAUUGUGAAAAAGGAAAAAUGAAAAGUGAGAGGUGAGAGGUGCAUGUUAUACGUACUUUUUUUUUUGUUUGGCUAAACUUAUUAUAUAUCCAUUUAAUGUACUGAUUUAAAAACUAUGCAGCUGGAGUUUGAAAUGAAUGUUACAUAAUGAAGCGAUUGAAGUGAUCUGAGUUCAAAACACAGCAUUGUAAUCUUCUUUCUUAUCUUCAAGUUACGGGUCUCUUAUAAAAAAAUAUAUUGAAUAGGUAUAUAUCCAUUCAAUUUUAUUUCCUAAGUUCUAAAUUUUGAAAAGCUUUUUUAAGAUCAAAGUUCUGAACU